AUGGUUCUAAUCUAUGUUAAAUCUGGUGAAUGGAUCUCAAGUUGCGGUGAUCAAUGGAGUUUCUUGGCAGACAAAACAAGGGGUGGUCGAAUGGUAACAUUAGAAACUACUACUUUGUUGAAGCAGCUCAAGAUCAUCGUGUGUGAGGAUUAUGGGGUCGACUAUAUGCUCGUUAAUGCCGAGUUCAGUUAUGAGAUGGUGAAUCAAAGAGGGAAUCCUCCCAUUAUUAUUAGCAAUGAUCGACAAGUAUCUAAUUUUGUGAGCUACACGAAGAAGAGUUCGUCUACAACCUUGUUUGUCACGUUGUCUGCUACUGGUGCAAAAGAAAAGGAACGAGUCAAUAUCGAUUUGAAUAAGGAGCCGUUUGACUCAAGCAAUUUUGAGGAUGAAGAAGUUCCCGAAACAAAUCAAGGAGACUUUGCCAUACCGUCAAAAGAGUCGACUCAUAAAAUGAAGAAUCAUGUCGCUACAGAUGGUUUCGGUGAUGCUGGUUUAAGGAGUGAAAACAAUGGAAGCAUAGAUUUCGUGAAGAAGGAUCAAAUUUUCAGAAGUAAACGUGUUUUGAAGGAAACAAUGGAAAUUUGGGCAAUGAAGAAUAAUUAUGAUUACAUUGUUCUCAAAUCAACGAGAAAGUGGUGGUAUAUUCGAUGUAAGGAUAAACUGUGCAACUGGACUCUGCAUGCGGAAUGUUUGGAUGGGUUUACAUACUUCAUGAUCAACAAGUGGGUGGGAAUACAUUCAUGUGCUCCUUCGAAGAAAAGAAAAUUCGAAAAAACGGCAUCGGCAAGAACAGUUGGGAAGCUGAUACAACAUCGAUUUGAUGAUGCCAAUGAUGGCCCAAAAGCAAAUGACAUCAUUCAGUUCAUGAGACUGGAACAUAAUUGCGAGAUUACUUAUUGGCAAGCUUGGGAAGUUCGUGAGCAUGCAAUUGCAGCGGCUCGAGGUAUACCAAAUGAAAGUUAUGCUAAAAUACCAAAAUAUUUGCAAAUGAUUAAAGAAACUAAUCCUGGUACCCACACGCACUAUGAAACAACUGAGGAUGGGAGAUUCAUGUAUCUAUUUAUGUCGUUUGGGCAAUCAGUUCGAGGAUUCUACAAUGCAAUGCGUAGGGUGAUUGUUGUUGAUGGAACUUUUCUGAAAAAUAAAUACAAAGGAGUGCUACUUGUUGCUACAGCUGUAGAUGGUAACUCCAAUUUGUAUCCGAUUGCUUUUGGAGUUGUUGAUUCAGAGACUGAGGUUUCAUGGGAGUGGUUCUUAAGACAGUUGAAAGUGGUUAUUGCUGAUAGUAAAGACUUAGCUUUUGUAUCAGAUAGGGCUGCGUCAAUAGCUAAAGCGCUUGGAACUGUUUACCCUCGUUCAAGACAUGGAAUUUGCGUUCACCACUUGUUGACCAAUGUGGUAAAAAAUUUCAAGACAAAGGGGUUGUCCGCCUUGGUCGAGAAGGCUUCGCGGGCAUAUAGGUUCUCUGAAUUUCAGGAACGUUUCACUGAAAUUGUUGAAAUGUGUCAUGCGCUUGGAAGAUAUCUACAGGAGGCUGAUGUGAGAAAAUGA